UCCCACCACAGUGAUUGAUCUCGAGGUCCCUAAUAUUCUCCCCCUGCUUGUAGCAGGAAAACGCAGGGUGAGCUUAAAAUGUCACAUUAAUAUUAAUAAAAUCCCAUUACCCUCUCUUCUCUUUCUCCAACCUUUGUUAAUUGUUCCAUUAAUUAUAUAUUUUAAUGGAGCAAAAGGUUGAGAACGUCAUCGUUAGCUUUAAUCCAACCAUCCUUGAUCCUAAUCCUCAACCCAAAUCAAUUCUCAAGAAAGGAAAAGGUUCCAAAAAUAUCUUCAAAGUUGCACUCUUCAUGAUGCGAGGGCGUUCUCGUAAAUCUAAACCGAUUCUCCCCGUUGAUGAUGAGUCUAAAAGCAUUUGGAGGAAGCUUGUGGGGUCCAUGAGACCCAUGCAUCUUCAAAGCAGCGAUUCUGCUUCUCCACCGCAAAUUCUCAACGAUCAUAAACUUAAAAAUGUGGUCACUGAAAAUGCUAAUAAUAUUAGUGUUGAUCAAUAUUAUGAAGAUGGGUUCGAUUCGGCCUCGGAGUUUCCGAAUUCUCCGGGUAGUAGCCGAUUCGCUUCGGCGGCUGGUAGUCGGUACGCUUCGGCGGUGGGGCUAAAUGAAAUGGUUGAAGAGGAUGAGGAGAUCAAAGAAGAAGAGAUUAAUGUGAAUGAGGAUCAUGGGGAUGGUGAUCACAUGAUUGAUGCUAAAGCUGAAGAGUUUAUUGCUCAAUUUUAUCAAGAAAUGAGGUUGCAGCGUAUGGAUAUUGUGGAUCAUCGUUACAAUGAGAUAAGUAUGAGAUCAUUAGGAUUAUGAUUUGCUUAAACAUUGCAAUGAUCAUCAAUGUUGUGGUUUCAUUCUUUGUUUAAUUGCACAUGCAUGCAUGGAUGCAUGGAUGCAUGAGAUCCUUAAUUCUUUUUUUUUUCUUUUUCUUUUUCUUAGAGAGAUGGGCUUGUAAACCCUUCUCGACAAAAUAAAAAGUUUAUACGUACCCAAAAAGAUAUACAUGUAUAAAGCGUUGUAUCCUUUUUUCUUGAAAAAGAAAAAUAUUAUUGAGGGGACACUUUUAAGGCCAAAUUAAAGGAUCUUUAUUUACAUCUCA